AUGUCGACUCGGUUAGAAGCAGGCGACGGUCGCGGCCGUCAGAAGAAGCGGGACGAGCAAUUACGCCGCAAGCUGGAGAAUGAAAUAAAGAAACGACCGGGAGCUGUGGGCCAAACUAAACAGUCGCAGAAGAAGCUCACCGGGUCUGUUCUGGUUUUAAAGCCGUUGCCUCCGACCACAAUGCACUGCAGUACUUCUGUAUUAGAUGCUGCGCAGUAUAUGACUGCCCAUCGUGCUGAUUGCGUCUUGGUGCUUGAUGAUAACGGCGGUGUGUCGGGUAUUUUCACUGCUAAGGACUUGGCUAUCAAGGUGGUUGGCGAGGGCCGAGACCACCGCAAUUUGGCGAUCGGAGACAUCAUGACCAGCAACCCGAUUUGCACAGAUAUCAAUACCACUGCAAUUGAUGCAUUGAACUUGAUGGUCACUCGUUCGUUCCGCCACCUGCCCGUAAUUGACGAAGAGGGCGAGAUUGUCGGCGUGCUUGACAUCACAAAGUGCUUUUACGAUGCAAUGAAUCGUCUUGAAAGAGCUUACGAUUCUAGUCGCAAACUCCAUGAAGCCUUAGAGGGCGUCAAGUCCGAACUGGGCUCUGUCCAGCCCGCUCAGAUCACCAACUAUGUCCAAGCGCUGAAAGAGCGCACGGCUGGACCCACGCUGGCUGAACUCGUAGACGCAGAGCGACCCCCGGUAUUUGUUGACGUGCGCACCACUGUUAGUGAAGCAGCUGUAGUCAUGAAGGAGAACCAUACCACUUCUGUUCUCGUUACAGACAAAUCCGAGGAGAUUGUGGGUAUUUUCACCACAAAGGACAUUGUGCUGCGGGUGCUGGCCAACAGCAUCGAGCCGUCCAAAUGCUCGGUCAUUCGAGUAAUGACUCCCCGUCCAGACUCUGCUCCUACCACGAUGAGCAUUCAAGAGGCCUUGCGCAAGAUGCACGACGGCCAUUACCUUAAUCUGCCCGUCACCAACGAGCAGGAAGGUGCGGUGGUCGGGGUGGUCGAUGUUUUGCGACUGGUUUACGCAACAUUGGAGCAAAUAAAUACAAUGUCGUCCAGCGACAACAACAGCGACGGUCCCGCUUGGAACAAGUUCUGGAUGUCUUUAGAAGACGACGGCACAGAGUCGGUUGGAUCGUCGAUUCUGGCCGGCUCGAGGGCGGACACCAUGCUGUCUGAUGCGUCUGCCACGGAGCUUGCUCAAUUCAGUAUGGGUGAGCAGCCAAUCGAUAUCACCCGUCCAGCCACGUCUAGUGAAAUUCGCCCCGAGGAUUCUCUGUCUCGCACAGGGAUGCGCGAAGAGCCGUCGCAGAUCACUUCGUUCUCUUUCAAGUUCAAGGCGCCAACUGGUCGAGUCAACCGCAUUGUUGUCAACCCUCAAGAGGGCAUUGCGGCAUUCAGACAAGCAAUUGCCGCUAAGCUGACUCCCGCUGAACUCAGAGACGUUGGAGGUCUGGGAGCGGUUGUCGACGACGUAGUCUCGGGGGGCUUUGCAGUGUCCUAUAUUGACGACGACGGCGACCCCGUAUCGAUCAUGUCUUCGCACGACGUUAUUGAUGCCGUUAUCUCAGCGUCCAAUAAUAACCUGAGCCGAGCAGACGUCAUCCUCCAUCACGUCGACGAGCACCCCAUCGUCCAGCAGCCGAUCGACUGGGUUCCCUACGCCGUGGGAGCAGCAGCGGCUGUUGCGAUUGCCGCAUUCAUUCUGGGACGAAAAUGA